AUGAACCCAACGGCGAGGCGCGUAGCGUCGCAUGUCCUACGCAGAUCUCGCAAUACAGCAGUUCCAAAAUGCCCAAGAAGAUGGAACUCUUCUGCAAUUGAGCAGAGAACAUGGUCCACGCCGCUAGCCCAGACAUUGGCCAAUGUUAUGAAGGUCACCGGCCCUGUCCCGAUUGCGGCUUUCAUGCGCCAAGUCUUGACUUCCCCUGAUGGUGGAUACUAUACAACACGAGGAGAAGGCGGAGGGGUUUUCGGCAAGAACGGUGAUUUCGUUACUUCGCCCGAGAUCUCGCAAGUGUUUGGAGAGUUGAUUGGUAUAUGGACAAUUGCGGAAUGGAUGGCCCAGGGGCGAAAGAAAAGCGGUGUUCAGUUAAUGGAAGUUGGACCAGGAAAGGGUACUUUGAUGGAUGAUAUGCUGCGGACUUUCCGCAACUUCAAGAUGUUCUCUUCAAGUGUUGAGGCUAUCUAUCUGGUGGAAGCAAGUGGAACCCUUAGAGAGGUGCAAAAGCGGUUGCUCUGUGGCGAAGAGGCUGCCAUGGAGGAGACAGAUAUCGGCCACAAGAGUGUAUGCAAGUACUUCGAUGUGCCCAUUGUCUGGGUGGAAGAUAUCCGUCUUCUGCCGCAUGAGGAAGGCAAGACGCCCUUCAUCUUUGCUCAUGAAUUCUUCGACGCACUCCCCAUUCAUGCCUUUGAGUCUGUCCCGCCAUCCCCGGAGAACGAGCAGCCAGACCAGCCACGAAAGAUCAUGACCCCUACUGGCCCAGCAGAAAUACACAACCCGCCCAAGGUUGCAAACACACCGCAAUGGCGCGAGUUAAUGGUAACAUUGAAUCCAAAGGCCGUUGAGGAAAAUAUUCAAGGAGAACCCGAGUUCCAAUUGACCAAGGCCAAAGCCUCGACACCUUCAUCUCUGGUGAUUCCCGAGAUUUCUGCGCGCUACCGGGCUCUCAAGUCUCAACCCGGAUCCACCAUUGAAAUCAGUCCCGAGAGCCGUAUCUAUGCGGCUGACUUCGCACGCCGGAUCGGUGGUGAUUCUGCCGCUGCACUUGCUACGAAGAAGAACACCCCUCCCAGCACACCUUCGACAGCUCAGAAGAAGACUCCCUCCGGCGCGGCUCUUAUCAUGGACUACGGAACGAUGUCGACCAUUCCUAUUAACUCGCUCCGUGGAAUUAAGAGCCACGAAAAGGUCGCACCUCUUUCUGAACCUGGCCGUGUUGAUGUCAGCGCAGAUGUGGAUUUCACCUCGCUCGCUGAAGCUGCCAUUGAAGGCAGCGAUGGCGUCGAGGUCCAUGGUCCUGUUGAACAGGGUGACUUCUUGGGUGCCCUGGGCAUCGAGGAGCGUAUGCGCCAGCUCCUGCGUAGUGUUAAGGACGAGGAAAAGAGAAAAGUUAUCGAGACUGGCUGGACAAGGCUGGUUGAGAAGAGUGGUGGAUCAAUGGGCCAGAUCUACAAGGUCAUGGCCAUUGUGCCUGAAAACGGUGGACAGAGACGACCUGUCGGAUUUGGAGGUGGUGUUCAGAUGCCCUAA